AUGGAGAGGAGGGCAAAGGUAAACUCUUCCAAUAUUUCCAAGAUUUACCACGGGAACUUGGUCACUGACGAUGCGUUUCUCCGCCAGGACGUAGAGUCUCUGCUCGCAACAUCAUCUGGCCAAAAAGCCUUGGACUAUGCCAUACAAGCGGCCGAGUUGUAUAUGCGAGCAGCUGCAGAGAAGGGAAUCGGUAAAGAUGAAGCAGCUCGACGUCGCCGCAAAUGCCAACAGCUCAUCGCACUCGCCGAACAGCUCAAGCACCAGCUAGCAGCACCGUCGGCAUCACCACCAGCAGAGGGCUUCAGCAUUCUGCGUGGUGCUUCACGGCUUCACGGAAGCUACUAUCCUCCUUGGGGUGAAGAUCCCUCAGACGCGCAGUUCCAGCUUGGGGCUGAUCAGAACCCAUUCGUUGAUGACACUGUAUUCCCGCUUUCCGAAACCCAAAUAGCCAACUUUUCGGCAUGGAGAAGACCACACGAGCUAUUCGGCCCAUUCUCUGACGGCCAAGAUGACAUUCUUAUGAACCAAGGCACGCGAUUCGACUUGGCGCAAGAUAUAACCACUGACUGUUCGGUCGUCGCUAGUCUCUCUGCUGCCGCAGGGAUUUGGACUGGAAAACAUGCAGUUCUCUCGAAAAUUAUGCACCCAUUCGACCACGGAAGGGGUCAGCCUAAGCUAUCGCCUUCGGGAAAAUACAUAUUUCGGCUAAAUUUCAACGGCUGUGCUCGCCGAGUUGUCAUAGAUGACAGGCUUCCAUCCUCAGGAACAGAUCGAGCCCUCUUCGUGAUCAAUCGACAUAACCCUCGCUUGAUAUGGCCGGCUUUGCUCGAGAAGGCCUAUCUCAAGGUACGGGGCGGCUAUGAUUUCCCCGGUAGCAAUUCGGGGACUGAUCUCUGGGUCCUCACUGGGUGGAUUCCUGAACAAAUAUUUCUCCAGAGGGAGGACUUUGACAUAGAUGAGGCAUGGGAUCGGAUCAAGACAGCUUAUGAUAUGGGGAACGUCGUCAUCACACUCGGCACAGGCCACGUCUCUACAGAAGAAGAAGAUAUAAUGGGUCUCGUAGGGGAACAUGACUAUGCUGUGCAGGAUCUUGACCCAUCAGGCCGCAAAUUUCUUGUCAAGAAUCCUUGGUCACACGGUCAGACGUGGACAGGGCAAGGGUGGUCUGCCAUCCACGGCUCCGUAAGAGCCAAGCUUGACUCUUCAUCGUCUGAGGCUAGUGAUGAAGAUGCCGAGUCACCAUCUGCGGGUACCCUCUGGCUGGCUAUUGAGGAUAUAGCUCAGCAUUUCGAGUCCAUGUAUCUCAACUGGAAUCCAGCCCUAUUUUCUCAUCGCCAAGAGCGUCAUUUUGCUUGGGAUAUCCCCACCAAAGAUUUUGCGGCAUCAUUGGUGCGCAACCCGCAAUUCUCAAUCAUCUCACCCACAGGAGGAGUGAUCUGGAUCUUAUUGAGCCGUCAUUUUGCAGAUGCUGAACUUGAGAUUGCCCGCAACAAGUCUGGAUCUCUGGCUGCCGUGGCCAGUCAACUUGGCUUCAUGAGUAUUCUUGUGUUCGACCAUCAAGGACAAAGGGUCCAGCUCAGUGAUGGACCGACAUAUUCUGGGCCGUAUGUUGACUCUCCACAGACACUCGCAAGGAUCGAGAGCAGGGCGGAUAAAGCGUACACUGUUGUCAUUGACCAGCAGGCGUUACCUUUGCCCAACUACACUUUCUCGCUUUUCAUCUUCUCUAAUGGGCCAGUGCAUGUCAAAGAAGCUGAGGAGAAGAUGACGUAUUUCACAGAACACAGUGGCUCCUGGAAUAGACGGACGGCAGGGGGGAAUUCAUCGUGCACGACGUAUUUCUUGAAUCCCCAGUAUAAGCUGUCGGUUCCUCGUGCCACCCCCAUAUCCACUCUGUUAUCCACAGGCAACCGAGAUGUUCAUGUCCAUGUCGAUUUGAUCUGGGCACGAGGGAAACGCGCAAAUACGGUCAAGGCAAAGGAUUUGGUCGUUUCAUCGGGAGAAUACCGUCGUGGUUGUGCCAUCGCCGAACUUGCUAUGCUCGAAGCCGGAGAUUACACCCUGGUCUGUUCAACUUUUGAAGCACAGCAGAUGGCUGAUUUUAUACUCCGGAUCGGCUCUAUGACGCCAAUUACUCUAGAGCCUAUACCGGCUGAUACAGCAGGAAAACUACGAACGCCUAUAUCACCAUUCACUCUAGGUGGAGAAGGACAAAGCUGGAGAGCACCCAUCAGCGCUUCAUGGGUAACUCGAGCCUUUGUAUCUAUUCGAAGUUUGGCACCUCUGUCCGAGACUUUAUAUCAUGACACCCGCUCCUUGCCGGCCGUGAUGGUUCGCAUCUCGAUUAUGGAUGGUCCAGAGUCGGAGCCACGUAUUCUAGCAGAGUCAAAAGGAGGCUUGGAAGACUCUGGAGCAAUCAUUCGGACACCCGAGUUCGACAUUGCGCCGACUAGCCCGAGCCACGGACCCAGGUAUCUUAUCAUUGAGAGUCUAUGGGAGCACAGAGCAAUCCAAGAACUUUGUGGAGACAUCUUUAGCGACUCUCCCAUCCAAAUUGGCGACUGGGGAGUUUGA